AUGAGCAUCUUCGAGCUGAAUUCUGUGAGUGAAAAACUGAAGACAGCACAGAGAUUUAUUAAAGAUUACAAUGAUGGUGCGUUUUGGGUACAGCAGGCAGAUGAUAUUUUUGUAAUAUCACCAAACAUCGAAAACCUUUGGGGCAAGAUUUGCUUCAAGUUGUCGAGGAAAGUAUUCGUUAUCAAGAAUGUUUGGAAACAUCUUAUUGUGUAUUGUGAGUAUAAUUUUGACCAAUCUACUAGUUACUUCUAUGUCAACAGGGAAAGGAGACACACUGGUUCAAAAAGCCACGGCCGGUUAAUUAAAACGACUAGCGUGAGAAUGUAUGCAUGCAUGCGUAUAUCAAAUUGAAUCAAAACAAGUAUAGUUUCUGUAUCCAAACAAACGCGCCAAGUUACAGUCUUUAUUUUGGCGAAACAUGAAAACGAGGCUCGAAGCCUUAUUUUCGUGUUGAAGCUUAUUUGCACUAAGGUUGCGAGAGAAAACUGGAAAUCCGUUCCAUUUGAUGUUGUUCUGCUUUUCAGUAGGCCGUCAUCUUUACGAAAAAUGUCUAUAGAAAAAUUUCCUUCAUUUUGGGCAUCUGCAGUCUGCAAAUGCCCAAAAUGAAGGAAAUUUUUGACUUCUUGUUUGCACUGAACGAAAACUAUAAUAUUCUAUAUAACCAAAAACAGAUUCGAAAAAGUGUUGUAUAGUGCCGGCUCUCCGGCAGAAUUGAACCCGUGGCCCAGAUUUUUAGAUAUAUAGGCUACAUGCUAUACAAGAAGUAUCCAUUAAAAUGAUUUUUAUUUGUAUUACAUAUAGACAUUCAGUCAAUGGCAGACGUAUUCUAAUAGGAGAAUGUUUCGCGUGUGCAUUAAAUGCCAGUUCGGCAAGUUUUGAAAACGAGAACAGUGGCUUCGACAAGGAAGAAGCUGCUUUGUCCGAGUUAUUAGCUAACAAGUAUGGGAAGAAAAUUUGGAAAUUAAUCCAUCGGGUUAUUGUAUGGUCGAGGCGUGGAUGUAGGAUGGGCGGUCGAUGAAUAUGGUGGAAACUGGGCAUCCAUUAGAGCGGUUUAUGGCGAAGAAGCUGUUAAUGAGGGAACAGUAAGUUGUGAAUUUCAUUUGAAACAAUCGAUUGUUCGUCACGCCAGGCAUUUGGGCAGUGCGAAAUGACAGACAAAAUUCGAGGUGCUUGCAAACAAGCUGUUAUCAUCUGUUACGGCUAAAAAUUACGAAGAGGCAUAUUUUGGACUCAAAAAUUUCAUCGAAAAGAAACGAGAAAAACUCGGGUUCUUGACCAGCUGGCUUGAAUGGUGGAACGAUAGGAAGACACACUUCGCGAAUGCAUUUAAACCAGUCGGUGCAGCUCCAGUAAAUCUAUCGGAAGUUUAUCAUUCUAGCAACGCCACAACCGGAUCCAAAGGUCUUAAACUCAUAGAUGCUGCAUACAAAGACGUAGUGAUAGCGUUGCGUGCCGAAAGAUUCUUGGAACUUUUUGGUAAAGGCAAUAAAUGCCAGGGAUCAGGUCCAUCGGGCACAAAACGUCGUAAAAGAGACUUUACUGCACAAUCUCAACGUGCAAAAGAGUAUGCUGAGGUGAUACUAGAUGAUGAGUUAUCCAAUAACAACGCGCAAAGUCCCAUGGACAGCUCAAAAGUUAACCAAAGAGGGGAAAUAUCAGCAAGUUCUUCUGAAAACGACACUGAUGUUAGCGAAAAAGAAAGCGGACAAGUGGGAAAAAUAAGCGUGAAGAAAGAUACAAUAAGCAAUAUGUUGUAUAUCUGCGCAACUUUCUGGCUUUCAUUCGCAAGAAAUCUUUCUUUUACUUGGCCUUAA